AUGCUUUUAGCCAUGAAAGUGGCAUAUUCGCUGUUUCUCACAUUUGUAAUUUUGUGGACAUCGGUUGUACCGAAAAGCAUUGGAGAAAUCGAAGCUCCUUUAAUGGAACCAAUGAGAUACAAAAAAUGGACCAGACUGGAACCAAGUGUACGUUUCUUUGACAAACGAUGGACCAGAUUAGAACCAAGUGUACGUUUCUUUGACAAAUGA